UUAAUUUGUUUGUAUUGUGCUACAUGCAGUAAAACGGUAAAACUCAUAUGUCUUUCAUUGCUGUGUCUUUCAUUGCUGCCUGUACACAGGAUGUCACUGCAUGUUUGCCAUGAAUGACCUGGCAAAGGUGUGCGAAUGUUUUGAUUUUGGUUCAAGCUACUGCUAUUGGAGCAGUGCUCUUCACUUUAUUUCCUUUCAUCAUGUCGUCGUACUCAUUAUUUCAGUCAAGGAAAGCUCGCACUGAGUUUGAGAUCACGCUGUCGCGGUGCAGCUAUACUGGAGCUUUCCUCUCCGUGCACGAAGCGGUCUGGAACAUCAGAGCUGGAGGCCUGUCCUGGAAUUCUUAUGACUUCUGUGUCAACAUGAUGCUCAUUCUGUCGGAGAUCGCGCUCUUUCUCUUCAGCAUAGCGUGCCAAAUUGGUUUUACCUACUAUUUGAACCUUCAAAUGCAGCCUCCGCCUGAUGUUUGCACCUUGCACACAAGCCGGGGCCUUCAGUGGCUAGGGGCAGCUGCCUUCGUCGGGAAAGUGCUCCAGGAUGUAUUUGAGACAUGUGAGAUGCUUCUUUGGUUCCUUGUCGCCGAACGCAUCGAGAAGGAUCUUGCAGGUGACCAACCAGAGAGCAUCGAGUUAAGUGAUAGGGUCGCCGGAAUCCUUUUCGUGGUGCUUCCCAAAUUCGCCAUUGCAGGUUGGCUCACGUGGGUCGGUGCACGGUUCGUACUGCUCUCCUCAGAUGACACUGAAAUCAUCGUGAAUUGCCUUGCAAUGACCUUUGUGAUGGACAUCGAUGAGAUUGUCCACAAGACCGCCUCAAGCCAGUAUGUGAAGCAGAGCACAGAGCACCUUAAAGCGUGGUCCAUGCCUCUCAAACCUGAAUAUGUGAGAUUGGAAACCGUCAUGGCGCCGGUCAUUAAAGCUGGGCUUUGGGCGUUUGCUUGCUCGGUACUCAUUGCCGAUCUUCCCCGUUGCAACCAGCCUCCAGGGCCUCCAGGGCCUCCAGGGCCACCCAACCGAUAGUGAGACUUAAGCAUUCUGCCACCAUGCCCUGCGCUGAAG